AUGCCGCCCUCAGAACCUCCAACUGCGCCUUCGACCUCGUUCGCAAUCACCGAGCAUGUCAUCGAAUCCUCGCAUAUUCGAGAAUAUGCUCGCGCGACCAAACCGAGUCCAGAUUGCUUGAAGCUCGUCGUGAAGAGAUAUACUCCGAAAUCGAACCCCGAUCCUCGACCGGGAGAUCUGACGAUCAUCGGGACCCACGGGUCCGGGUUUCCCAAGGAACUCUACGAGCCGAUUUGGGAAGAGCUAUACUUUACGCUAAGCAGUUAUGGAAUCCGAAUCCGAUCAAUAUGGCUUGCAGACACGGCAAACCAGAACGCGAGCGGGCUGCUGAAUGAGAAGGUGUUGGGGGAUGAUCCCUCCUGGUUCGAUCACUCCCGAGACCUCCUAUACAUGAUCAACCAGUUCAAGAACGACAUGCCCCAGCCCAUUGUCGGUAUCGGACACAGCUACGGCAGUGGACAGCUAGCCCUGCUAUCACUCAUGCACCCGCGCCUCUUUACCUCGCUCAUUCUAAUCGAGCCCGUCAUCGAAAAGGACAUCUACACCGGCGUGGGCCCAGAACUCGUUCGAUACGCACUCGCCCGGAAAAACGGAUGGGCGUCUUACGAAGAAGCAGAGACGCAUUUCAAAAAGCUGUUCAAGAAAUGGGAUGCCCGUGUUCUUGAACUAUGGAUGAAAUACGGCCUUAAGAAAACUCCACCCUCUUCAACAUCAAACACGGAUACGAACACAGCAUCAUCCCUAACCCUAAAGACGCACCCAUACCAAGAGGUAAACCAGUACCUACGCGCCAACUACGAGCACAAGAAGCCUGCAUGCGGCGACGCAGACCACGCCGACAUCGUCGGCCCCGACCACACGAUCGCCCCCUUUUACCGGGCCGAGCCGCUGCUUCUCUGGAGGAUGCUCCCGCAUAUCCGGCCCUCCGUGCUGUAUUUCUUCGGUGGGGCAAGCCCCAGCUCAACGCCUGCAAAACGGAAUGAGAAGCUUGAGCGGACGGGGGUUGGGGUUGGCGGGAGUGGCGGGUAUAAGAUUGGAAGAGUGAAGGAGGUUACGAUUGAAGGUGGUACGCAUCAGUUGCCGUUUGAGGAAGUGAGCAGGAUUGCGAAGGAGUCGGCUGGAUGGCUAAGGGGUGAGAUUGAACGGUGGAAGGAGGAUGAUGAGAGAGUCAAGAAGAGCUGGGAGGUUGAGCCGGGCAAUCGGGUGAAGGAUUGGCAUGCGCCGUUGAAGGAGAGCUUGAGGAAGAAUUAG